GUUCAAAUACUUGAGGCUUUUAAUUAAAACCAUAACUGAAAGCCUAUAUAAGGGAGAUAACCUUCAGUAGGUGUGUCUAGUAACAUAGAGAGAGAGAGAGUGUGUUUGAUACAAUUAGUGCAAUGGCUAGUGCAGUUAAUUACGAGUUUGUAGACAAAGUACCGGAAGAUUAUCACUGCACUAUUUGCAAAAAGGUUCUAACUAAUCCAGUACUGAUUGAGUGUUGUGGCCAGCACUGCUGUGAGGCUUGUUUGGAUGAUUGGCUAACCGAAAAAAAUGACUGCCCUGCGUGUCAACAUGAAAACAUCAAAUUCAUAAAGAGUCUACAUAUGAAAAGACAUGUAGAUAGCUUGAAGAUCUACUGUCUUAAUCGCUCCAAAGGAUGUGACAAAAUCCCUGCACUGGGUGAAUGCAAUCAACAUCUCGAGAAAUGCUUGUUAGUGGAGGUAUCAUGCACUAUAAAAUGUGGAGAAAUAAUGCUGCGAAAAGACCUUCAAGAUCACGAGGACAACAAGUGCCCAAAUCGUCUGGUACGAUGUCAGUAUUGCAACUUAAAGGGGAUGCACAAAGAAAUAACAGUGAAUAGUCACAUAGACAAAUGCCCACAUUUUCCUAUUUCUUGCCCCAACAGUUGUGGGCAUGAGAAAAUACAGCGCAAGAAUUUAGCAGAUCACCAGAAGGUGUGCCCUCUUGAACCAGUAAAAUGUCCCUUCUUUGAAGCUGGGUGUACGGAAAUGAUUCCACGAAAAGAUCUGGCAGCACAUAAAGCAUCAAACACAGAGCACCACCUGGAGCUAGUGAUGACAGAGACUGUUACGCUUAAACAAAAAGCAGCAGCUGAAAAAGAAUCAGUGAAACACGAGGCUAAGAUUCAGCAGCAGCAACUGUCACUGAGAUUUGAUGCCUUAGCAUUUUGUGUAACUAAGCAGCUAGCUACCAUCGAUUCUAACCCUCAAAAUACACGAGCAGCUAUCAAGAACAUCAAAAGCUCUCUAGAGACAAUGACCACAAUGCUAGCAUCAGGUGACACACAAUACGAGUUACCAUUAGUUAAAGUGUCCCAAAAUAUUGCCCAAUCAGCUUCGUUCUAUAUCACACCUGGCUACAAAAUGUACGUAACAUUUAAUGCUGGACACUGCAUGGUCUACUUGGAGAAAGGCAAACACGAUCAUCAACUAAAGUGGCCCAUGCCUGAACUGGACAUUGAACUCAGUACUACAGAGAAUAAAGCCCUGUACACAAAUACAAUCUGCACCAGGUGUGUCUCCCCUCCCACCAUAAUGAACCGACUAGAUCGGUACAGAACAGAACAAGAGAUUCCCAACCCACGACUACUCAAGAUAAUUGGGAAAGGGGACGAAAGAGACAUUUUGCUUCUAACAGUAAGAGAACAUAAUUGUAUAAGCAACAAGCGACAUGAGACUCUUAACUGACAAGUAUUAUUAUAGCCUGCACAUUGUUAUUACCAGAAACCUGUCUAUAAGUAUAGAGGUCACUCUGGGGUAGAUGUAAUCAUAGAGAUAUAUGCAUGCUGUAAAAAAAGGUUUUUAGUGCACAUUGCAUGUGUCAUAGCUAUACCAUGCAUAUUUGGUGAGCCAUUUUAUUUUACCGUAAUUGGCGGUUUUAAUUUGGCGUCUCAGAUGUGGCUACUGCUGCAAUGACAUUGUGUCCACCGGAAAACUUUAAUUUGACG